AUGGCUAGCGAAAGUGCGCUUCGUUUGCCCGCCUUCAUGCCUCGCGACCCUGUGAUGUGGUUCUCAUUGGUAGAGACAAUUUUUAGCAAGGCCGGCGUCGCCGACGACGUUAGCAAAUACCUUCAUGUGGCGAGUGCGUUAGCGCCACAUGAUGCCACAGAAGUGCGAGAUAUACUGAUCGCCCCGCCAGAAAACGACAAAUACGAUGCCCUUAAGACCGGUAUCAUUAAGAGGUUAGGUGCAUCACAAGAGGUGAACACGCGCAGGUUGCUCGAGCGAGAGCACAUAGGCGACCGCAAGCCCUCACAGUUUUUGCGGCAUCUAAGAAGUCUCGCUGGAUCCGCGGUGCCAGACGCGUUGCUUCGCACAAUGUGGCUGGAGCAGUUGCCGCGCCCGAUGCAGAUGGUCCUAGCUACGCUGGCAGAGCAGAGCCUGGACAAAGUUGCAGACGUCGCGGAUGCAAUAGCGGACAGCACUACGCCUACGCCUGCCAUCGCGACUACGGAAAACCCAGUGAUGAAAAUUAUAGAAGUUUUAAGGAGUGAAAUUGCUGACUUGCGGCAACAAAUGAAAGCUUCGUCCCUCAAUGCAAGUGCGCGACACAGAGGCAGAUCACGCUCGCGUUCCAGACGAUCUCGACCUCGUUCGAGGAGCAACUCAGCAAGCGGUAUGUGCUGGUACCACGAUAAUUACGGUCAUGAAGCGCAUAAAUGCAUACCGCCCUGCGCAUUUAAAUCAGCCGAGAAUGCGGGAAACGCGAGCGGGAGCCAUUAG